AAAGAUCAGAAAGAUCAAAAGAAAGGUAAGCCAUGGACAAGAUAUUCGCCAAACCCACCGAUCUGUGCUGCAUCCAAGGCGCCAUCGACACCGGCGAGGCGACGGGGACGGUCGAGUAGAUUGAGGGCGUCGACACGUAAGUCGCGAGACCCUCCCCCUGAGAAGGCCAACGGCCACGUGCUGCUCUACUUUACGGACGCUUUUGGCUUCCACACCAAGAGCUUCCUGAUGAUGAAUGCUUUUGCCAAGUGCGGUUACCUGACGCCGGGCGUGGAUUAUUUCCUUAGGUCGCCAUUGGCCGACCCAAGCUUUGAUUUCAACGCUCGGGUGAACAAGCACUUGGGUGCUUCUGACGAGGUCGGCAAGAAAUGGAUCCAGGACGUCAAGGCAAAAUACGGCUCGAGCGAGAGCGUCAAGUUUGUUUGCCUGGGGCGCUCCCGAUUCGUUGCGAGGCAGCUGAAUGCCGAGGGGAUUGGCAAGGCCGGAACAGUCGCUCACCCUUCUUUUCUUAAUGAGAGCGAUGUUUUGGGAGUGAACGAACCCUUGUUUUUGUUGUUGCCGAGUACAGAUGAACUUUUUGAGCCCAAGGAACGUAGCGAGACUAUUCAGAUCCUGUCUGAGGGCGGCAAGCAGUUCAACAUGCAGAUCUUUGCGAAUGUGGGCCAUGGGUUUGCAGAGCAAAGUUUCAGCAGUUUUGUAAAUUGGUUCGACUUUUGGCUGUCGCCCAAGUAA